AUGGCAAGCCCUCGGAAGAAAAAGACAAAGGCCUCUGAGAAAGCUGGUGAUGCCAACGACCCCAAAGCCACCGAAAACCUGCAAACGUGGAUCGCACUCCGCGUCCACAAAAUUCCGGAAUUUGUGUGUCCCGGAAAACAGCCAGCGCACCUUCUUAAAAUCCAUUGCCAGCGCGCCUUGAUCGCGCCGGAAAUGCGCCGAAGAAUUUCGACUGCAUAUGAAGUCAAACGGCAGCUGCGGAAACUGAAAGCUAAUAACAACGUGAUCCUGGGAAGUGUGGCGCCGCGGGCAAAA